AUGGCCAAGAGAGGACCAGAGGAUCUAUCUGAAUCGGAGUUUGAUGCGCGGUACCAACUAAAGGAAGUAGUCAAUCGAGGAACGUUUCGUACCACCUACCGGGUGUACGAUAACCAGAGUGGAGAGCACCUCUAUUGCAAGCGGCUGGAUGCAUCCAAUAUGCCGGCCUCUCAGCUUUCGGCCUUCGUUAGUAACAUGAUGUCCAUCUCUGCCCUGCAGGAAAAGGGAUACCUGGCCAUAGAUACGGUGUUUGUGCUUGCGAAGCGCAAGCUUGCAUAUAUAGUAACCCCAGACUUCGGAGACUGUAGCCUGGCACACCUGAUCCACACUGCUAGACGACAGCAGACCUCCUUCGAGGAGUCCUUAGUGUGGCGAGUGCUCGCUCAAAUUGCAGCCAAGCUUUAUGCCCUCCACUUUCCAGGGGAGCACGGCAUACGCCCAGGGCGAAGGUUCAUCCAUUGUCAGCUUAAGCCAUCAAAUAUCUUUCUCAGCCAGGCCCUCACGGUCUUCAUUGUAGACCCUUUGGGCGUUGCUUUCUCGUCUUAUUGCUGGGCAAACUCAGACGACGACGGAUUUCGCUAUAUCCCCAACGAGGCCCUCACUGCCGCUACCCUUACUUCGAAAAUAGACAUUUACUCUCUCGGUUGUGUCCUUUAUGAGCUAUGCACCCUCUUCUCGCGUACCUUCCACGAGUCCCCUGUCGAUUAUGUCACCCUUCUGAGAGAGACACACUACAGCUCCCAGCUGAAGGAUCUUGUUCUAGCCAUGCUCAGCCCAUACCCAGAUGCUAGACCGUCGGCGCAGGACCUCAUGCACAACACCACCAUAGCUCAAUAUCUAAAGCUUCAAUUUGCGUGCUUGAAGUUGUCCACACCUACGCAGAAGCUCCUCUCGUACACGAAUAUUGCCCACGACCUUAAGAGCAUGGCAGAAGAAAACGAGGCGUCAACUUACAACCCACAUGGUAUUCACAGAGACUCACGGGCCGUGUCACCAGCAACUGUUCACAGCCUUGAGACACGGUCUAUUGCUCUCGCAUCCGACGAUGCCUCUUCCCCAGCUCAGGAUGCAUCCCUGCAGCAGCUGGCUACACCAUCUAUUGACACAGUCGAACAGGGUGUCAAUACCCUUUUGGAUAUGGAAUUGCACCAAAGGGAAUUCUCACUCAAUCUUUCUCAGAUCUCGCAUUCGCAACUUGGGAUUGACGAACUAUCCAAUCUUAAGAAUUAUUGCAGAUUUUUAGAAAAUGAAGUAGCAGCCCUGCGAUCGGAUUUGAUCAUUGCAGAGUCUCUCAAGCAUAAGUACAACGAUGAGCUGACAAACACUCGAGUCCAGCUCAUGAAGUAUAUAGACUCAGAGGCGGCAUCAAUGUCCCCUGCACUUGCAGACAAACACAAACACGAACAUAGCGAAGAUGUGUAUUCACUAAAAAAUAAAAUUAAGGAUCUUGAGAUCCAACUAUCCAUGGAGCGGGCAAACACGUUCAUUCUGCGUCGAGAAAAUGCAAAACUGAUGGAGCAUCUCAGGAACAUAGACGUGACAAUGACCACGUGUGCAGAGCAAAAUGUCAGUCCAAAGGAAAUGGUUGAUCAAGUUCGUUCGACCAGUAUUGCUGCUAGGCGCGUAUGUGCGGAAACAGUGUGA